AUGUCGUCCACGGAAGGAAAGACCAUCACCUGCAAGGCGGCCAUCGCCUGGGGCGCCGGCCAGGAACUCAGCUACGAGGACGUCGAAGUCGCGCCGCCCAAGGCCCACGAGGUGCGCAUCAAGAUCCAUUAUACCGGCGUUUGCCACACGGAUGCCUACACCCUCUCCGGCAAGGAUCCCGAGGGCGCCUUCCCCAUCAUCCUGGGACACGAAGGCGCCGGCAUCGUCGAGUCCGUCGGCGAGGGCGUGACCAACGUCAAGGUGGGCGACCACGUCGUGGCCUUGUACACCCCCGAAUGCAAAGAGUGCAAAUUCUGCCUCUCCAACAAGACCAACCUCUGCGGCAAGAUCCGCGCAACCCAAGGCAAAGGGCUCAUGCCGGACGGCACCACCCGUUUCCGCGCCCGCGGCCAAGACAUCCUGCACUUCAUGGGCACCUCGACCUUCUCGCAGUACACCGUGGUCGCCGACAUCUCCGUCGUCGCCGUCCAGCCCGACGCCCCCAUGGACCGCACCUGCCUGCUCGGCUGCGGCAUCACCACGGGGUACGGCGCGGCGCGCAUCACGGCGGGGGUGGAGAAGGGGAGUAAUGUUGCGGUGUUUGGCGCGGGUUGUGUGGGGUUGAGUGUGGUGCAGGGCGCGGUGGCCCAGGGGGCCGGGAAGAUUAUUGUGGUGGAUGUGAAUCAGGCGAAGGAGGAGUGGUCGACGAGGUUUGGGGCGACGGAUUUUGUGAAUCCGGCCAAGUUGCCUGAGGGGAAGACGGUGGUGGAUCAGUUGGUGGAGAUGACGGAUGGCGGGUGUGAUUAUACGUUUGAUUGUACGGGCAAUGUCAGUGUUAUGCGGGCUGCGCUGGAGGCUUGUCAUAAGGGAUGGGGGCAGAGCAUCAUUAUUGGUGUGGCUGCCGCUGGGCAGGAGAUUGCUACGAGGCCAUUCCAGCUCGUCACCGGCCGCGUGUGGAAGGGCAGCGCCUUCGGCGGCGUCAAGGGCCGCAGCCAGCUGCCCGACCUCGUCAAGGACUACCUCGAGGGCCGCCUCAAGGUCGACGAGUUCAUCACCCACCGCAAGACCCUGGCCGAAAUCAACGACGCCUUUGAGGUCAUGAAGCAGGGCGACUGCAUCCGGGCUGUGUUGGAUAUGCAGAAGGCGUAG